AUGCAAGCUCUGUUUCAGAGUGUUCCCCAAUGGAAGAUCUUUGGGCGGCCACAUGAAAUCCCACUUGGCCAAGCUCCCCGUCGACACGACUACGACCCGGCAAUCGAAUCGUCGUCCUCGUUUUCCUAUUCAGACGAAGAAGACGAGCUGGAAGUGGAGCAGAGCAGGCCGGCGGUGGUGGCAGCUGGAGGCUUCGGCGGAGAUGGGAUUUACGGGUUGAGGGAGAACCCGAGGAAGAGCUUCCGGGUCGCGGAUCCCGAGUUCUCUUUCGCCGGGUCUUCCUCCGUCGUGCAGGACAGAGAGAGCGAGACCGAGUCGAGGAACCCGACCCGGAGGCGAUCCAAGCGGACCCGGAACUCGGGCGGAGAUGAGAAUAAGAAGGGAGUGGCGGAGAAUCAGAGUUGGGUUCUCGAAUCGCCGCCGCCUGCGGCGGCAGAGCAAGAACCGGUGAGCUCUGUUUCCGAUGCUUCCCCUGAAGAAGACGUGGCGAUGUGCCUGGUGAUGCUGUCGAGGGACGUGAACUGGAAGCGAAGAUUCAGUUACGAAAGCGACGAAAUUGAAGAGGGAGAAGGGGAAAAGACGGAAAAUGGAGGAGAAAUCGAGAAGGGAAGUAGCAGCAGCGGAAGAAAUCGGGGGAAGAAGUUGAAGUGCGAGAAAUGUAUGAAACAGUUCCGAUCCUCACAGGCAUUAGGAUCCCACCGCCGGAUUUGCUCCCUCAACGGAACCCAGCUCGGCGGCGGAAUGGGGAAUGUGGUGGCGGCGGCAGAGAGGAUUUUCCAGUGCCCGUAUUGCUACAAGGUGUUCGGGUCGGGUCAAGCACUGGGCGGGCACAAGAGAUCACAUCUCACCGGCGGCGGUUCCUACCCGUCGCCGUCAGCAGCGGCUAACCCACCACCACCGCCUCCGGCAGCUGCCAAAAUCGACAAAAAUUACAGCUUUCUGGAUCUCAACUUGCCAGCUCCCGUGGAAGACGACGAGUUUAGUGCGAGCGUGGUUUCAGAUGCUUAA